CGUCAGUCCGGCGCGUAUGCCGUAUGAAGAAUAGGGCAUCGAAUGCCACCCUUGACUCUACCUCUGCAACACCCUCUCCGCCAAACUCGACUUGAACUGAUCAGCAACACAACUAAGCAUUUUCCACGCAGGAGGCACUAUUCACAGUUGGCAAAAUGCUGCGUGUAGACAGGGAACCUUCAUUGAAUAUCGCUUGUGUCGGCGCCGGAUAUGUCGGGGGCCCAACCUGCGCUGUAAUAGCGCACAAGUGCGCCCACCACAGAGUUACAGUGGUUGAUAUUAGCGAAGAACGGAUCGCAGCCUGGAACUCUGACGAGCUACCUAUCUACGAAGCUGGACUCUCUGACAUCGUGAAAGAGUGUAAAGGGCGGAACCUGUUCUUCUCCACUGAUGUUGACGGGGCAAUCAACGAGGCAGAUAUCAUUUUCCUCGCUGUGAACACUCCCACAAAAGCAAACGGUGUUGGGGCAGGGUUCGCUUCUGAUUUGACUUAUCUAGAAGCCGCUGUUAGACGAGUCGUCAAAGUUGCCAGGCGAUCGAAAAUCCUUGUGGAAAAGUCAACUGUUCCGUGCCGGACAGCCGAGAGCAUUGCCCAGGUUGCGGCGGCCAACGCUCGACCAGGGGUCCAUUUUCAAGUUCUCUCCAACCCCGAGUUCCUCGCGGAAGGGACAGCCAUUCACGAUCUUCUUCACCCUGAUCGCAUUCUGAUUGGAUGCAUGCCUACCGAGGAUGGUCUAAAGGCGCAAGAACUCUUGACCAAUAUCUAUGCCAAAUGGAUUCCCCGGAAGAAAAUUAUCGGAAUGCACCUGUGGUCGUCCGAAUUGGCUAAGCUGGCUGCCAACGCUUUGCUCGCUCAGCGGGUCUCGAGCAUCAACGCCAUCAGCGCCAUCUGCGAAGCCGUAGGCGCCGACGUUGGCGAAGUCGCCACUGCCUGUGGACAGGAUUCCCGCAUUGGACCUCACUUCUUGACUGCUAGUGUUGGCUUUGGAGGAAGCUGUUUUCGCAAGGACAUUCUGAAUCUCGUAUACCUCAGUAACGCUUUGAAGUUGCCCCAAGUUGCGAAAUACUGGGAGCAGGUUAAUUUAAUGAACGAGUAUCAACAGCAUCGGUUUUCGAAGCGAAUCUUGGCCGCCCUCUUCAACACUAUCUCGGACAAACAUAUUGCUGUUCUCGGGUUCGCGUUCAAGAAGGGCACUAGUGAUAGCCGGGAAUCUCCAGCUAUUAAUGUGGUGUCAGAUUUACUCUCGGAAGGCGCGAAUAUACGAAUUCACGACUGCAAGGUGCCCAGCAAGCAAAUCUUCCGAGACCUUGCUUGCUCUCUCGCAAAUGGGCGCGGAUCAGUUGAAGUCUGUGAAACUCCAUACCAGGCAGCCAUGAAUGCACAUGCCCUGGUUAUCUUAACGGAUUGGGCCGAUUACCAAACACUCGACUACAAAGCUAUCUACUGCAGCAUGAGCAAACCUGCGUACCUCUUCGACGGCCGUUCGAUAGUUGACGAACAGGAAGUUCGACAAAUCGGUUUCGAUGUGCACAUCAUUGGAAGGGCGCGUGAACGGUCUUUACCCAGGCUGUACCAGAACGUACUUGCUGAUUCGCGAGCAGUCGUGUGAAUAUACUAUGCCCCGCGAUAUUCACAAACUGCUCUCAAGAUCUGAUCAGUAUAUCAUCUUUGUAACUUGGACGUGAGAAGAGCAGAAGGGCCUUUGCACCAUACCCAGAGCUUCUCCAGCACCUUUCUCUUUUCCACAUGGUCUCUUGGGGAUUAGUUGCAACGCACCUAGCCGCUCUGCUUCACUACACAUGUAACCCAGGUUGUUCAAUAGAAAAUCAUCGCAUCCUCUGAUGAAGCGUAAUUAUCGCCUUGAGGUUCGCCCAUGGCAAGAUGUUGAAGGAAGCAGGGAAAAGCGGAUUGCCGGAGCUGGGAAUGGGUAAUGGGUUGCUCAGAGUGGCGCGCUAGCACAGAACGUUGUACAUUGCUUAUCUAAUCGAUCUGACAUCCACCCGGCUGAGAAAAU